AGUCAAGAGGAAAGUAGAAUGGACAGGGGAAAUUGUUCCUUCUUGACUGGAUUCCUUUUCUUGGGAAUAACUACUAACUCUGACAUCAAAGGGACCCUAUUCACCAUACUUCUAGUUGUUUAUCUCAUUAAUAUUCUGGCAAACUUUGGAAUGAUCAUUUUAAUUAUAAUGGAUUCCAGACUUCACACAUUGAUGUAUUUUUUCCUCAGCCACCUCUCCUUCUGUGACCUCUGCUAUUCCACAGCAAUUGGGCCCAAGAUGCUGGUGGACCUCUUUUCCAGGAACAAAUCAAUUUCCUUUUUUGGAUGUGCUUUGCAAUUUUUAGUCUUCUGUAUCUUUGCAGAUGCUGAGUGCCUGCUGCUGGCAGUGAUGGCCUUUGAUAGGUACAAGGCCAUUAGUGACCCCUUGCUCUAUACAGUCAACAUGUCCAGUAGGAUGUGCUCCAUACUCACGACUGGGGUUUACCUGAUGGGAAUGACUGAUGCUCUGACACAUACAAUAUUAGCAUCCCGCUUAUGUUUCUGUGAGUCAAGUGUGAUUGAUCAUUUCUUCUGUGACUUGUCUCCUCUUUACCUCCUUUCAUGUUCUGAAGUACAUGUCAAUGAACUAGUAUUAUUCACCAUUUUUGGCUUCAUUGAACUGAGUAGCAUUUCAGUAGUUCUUGCAUCUUAUCGUUAUAUCAUCCUAUCAGUUUUAAAGAUCCACUCUGCUGAGGGAAGAUUCAAGGCUUUCUCCACCUGCACUUCCCAUCUGAUUGCUGUAGCAAUUUUCCAGGUCACUAUGCUCUUCAUAUAUUUCAGACCCAGCUCUUCCGAUUCCUUAGAUCAAGACAAAAUGACUUCUUUAUUUUACACCAUUGUGAUUCCCAUGUUAAACCCCUUGAUUAAUAGCCUAAGGAAUAAAGAUGUGAAAGAAGCUUUGGAAAGACUGAAAAAUAAAAACUGGUUUUCAGUACUUAUAUUAAAUAAAUAUAUAUCUACAUGUAUGUAUGGGUAUAUAUUUGCAUAUUUAUUUGUCCUUGUUGAUUUCAUAAGAUGA